AUGGCGCAAUAUACAGCAUCGACCGGCUCGUCCUUGAGAGCCUCGCCAAACCUCCGACAACACCAUGCCGACACCAGCGCGGCCCCAGACACCACCGAAAAGUUCCCCGAUUUCGAUACUUCUCAAACAACAAACGGCUAUCCUAGCGGCAACGGCCGGUCUAUAAAUACCGGUUCUAAUGCGCCCUCGGAUCAAUGGCGACCGAGAAGGGAAAGCAAAGUGACAUGGGCUCCUAGAGACUCCCCAGGGCCCGUAAACGCCUACUCCCAUGGCCGUGGUCAUUCUAGGCAAACGAGCAUUAGCAAUGCGAUACAUCGGAUGCGCUCGGGGAGUAUGAGCCAGAAUGCUCAUGAGAUUGCGGAAGCACUUCGUGCGCCUGUAUCCUACAAGCUAAUAGGGCUCUGUAUGAUGUGGUACUGGUCCUCGGCGCUGACCAACACCUCUUCCAAAUCGAUCCUCACGACUUUUGACAAACCCGCGACCCUCACGCUGAUCCAAUUCGCCUUCGUUUGUUCCUACUGCCUCCUAGCCUCCUGGUUAGCUUCGACGUUUCCCAAGCUGCGCACCGCCGUGCCCGCACUCAAACACCCGAUUCGCAAGCCCUCGCGCGAUGUCAUUGUCACUACGCUUCCUCUGGCGGCCUUCCAGAUCUUCGGCCACCUCCUCUCCUCGUCCGCGACCUCCAAGAUCCCCGUCUCGCUCGUCCAUACCAUCAAGGGUCUAUCCCCAUUAUUCACCGUGCUCGCCUACCGCUUGAUAUUCGACAUUCGCUACCCGCGCGCAACAUACUACUCCCUCGUGCCCCUGACAAUCGGCGUCAUGCUUGCCUGUUCCGGCAAACACUCGUUCGGCGAGGGCCAGUUCCUCGGUAUCCUCUACGCCCUAAUAGCCACCAUCAUCUUCGUCACCCAGAACAUCUUCUCUAAGCGGCUCUUCAACGAAGCCGCGCGCGCCGAGCAAGAAGACGGGCACAGUAACGGUCACCGGUCCAAGAAGCUCGACAAGCUCAACCUUCUCUGUUACUCGUCGGGCAUGGCCUUCAUCCUUACCGGUCCCAUCUGGCUGUGGUCUGAAGGCUUCUCCAUAAUCGGCGACUUCCUCUGGGACGGCUCGGUCGACCUGAGCGAGACGCCCAACUCGUUCGACCACGGCCGUCUGACCCUGGAAUUCAUCUUCAACGGCACCUUCCAUUUCGGCCAAAACAUUCUCGCCUUUGUGCUGUUGAGCAUGGUAAGCCCCGUCACUUACAGCGUCGCCUCCCUGCUCAAGCGCGUCUUCGUCAUCAUCAUCGCCAUCAUCUGGUUCCGCUCGCCGACGACCAACGUCCAAGCCGUCGGCAUCGCCCUCACCUUUUUGGGUUUGUAUUUGUACGACCGUAGCCAGGAGAAGAACAAAGCCGACCAGCGCGCGCGCUCGCUCUCUCGCUCCAAGAUGCAUGAGUCGAUCCUACCGCUUAACACCAAGCAAACCACCGAAACUUCUUCCCAGUAUCAACCCUCAAGCCUGAAUACCCAAAUAGGCGGGUACGGAUAUAUGCCCUCCAUCCAGCCCACCACAAGCAGUGCCGACCUUGGCGCGAAUAAAAAGGAUGAUGGGCCCAACCCAACAGGAGGAGGAGGAGGGAGACAAAGAGGCGCGAGCAUGGCCAAGUCUAAUGGCGGAUGGCUGCCGCCGGGAACGAGGCAGGAACAUACAUGGAGGGUUGGGGACGGGCGUGGGCAGAAUGGUGCCGAAGUUUCAGGGCCGGCGGGAGUUGCUGUUAUGUCUUAGGAUAGAUACAGGUUUAGAUAGCAUCAAACCGGCAUUGUUGGAUUUGAUUGUAAUGAUAUUCUGAAGA